AUGUCUGCCCAGUCAACUCAGCCUUUUACUGCUACCCACUUGACCAAUGCCUUGAAGGGGUUGGCCGCUUGUCACGCCAAUGGCGAGUCCGCGGAAGGCCUUAUUGUUGAGGUGGAGACAUAUAUGCUGCAUUUCAUUGAGCAGAGCAGCGACAUGGUCUCCACCUGCAUGAGCACUGUGCUGCUCGCGAAGAUCCAUCUUCCUUCUGCGGUGUUGGAGGGCCUGUACACCCUUUCCCUUGAUGAGGGGCAUGCUCCCGCGACUGCUAUGAUGAGCCCCACGGCUACCUCUGUUCCUGCAAUAACUUCAGCUCUGGGUUGGACUCGCACGGCUUCCAAGCGAGUGCACAAGGAGGCUGUAUUGCCUGAGAAGGCUGUGGAGGAUGACACUCAGCCCAAGCCUCAUGGGUGUGGUCGCCCCAAGGGUACAACCAAGGUGCAGUAUGGGGAGGUGCAAACAGCAUGCCGGGGUUGUAUGGAGCAAAAGCUCCAGUGCCAUGUGCCGAUUUCAGGACAGGCAGAGGUGGGCGAGGAGUGUGCGCAGAAGAAAACUUGGUGCAGCUUUGCCGAUGGGAGGGGGUUGCGGGCUGAGAGUAGUGAGGAGGUGGAAGAGGUGAAUGAGGCGCUGGUUGGGCAACAGUGGUCCGGCCCUAAAAAGCCACAACUGAUAAUGGAAGACAUAACUAGUAAGUGUUGA